AUGGAGAAUAUUUCAUUCAUCAGAGGGUUUCCUGAUCAGGAAAUAAUGGAGGAUCCUUCUCUUUGUCUUCAUCAAUGGUAUUUAAACUCUAUCGACGAGUCAAACUCACUGCCAAUAGCUUCUGCUUUUGGAGACACUUUGCAACACCCUUCUUAUAUUUAUCCAAACUUCAAUCUCAGAGCUUCGGUUGAAACUGAUCAGAGACCCGAGACUCAAUUUGUUUCGUACCAGAACCUUCUUUCGUACGUCGAUUCUAAUCAUUUUAAUCAGUUGGGAUUAGUGAAGCCUAAGGACGAGAUGGUUUGUCCUCAAAACAGUAACACAACUUCUGACGCGGUCUCUCAAGGAAUCAUGGAGGCACAAAGGAUAUCGACACGUAAUAAAGUCUCUCUACCUCAGGACCAUAUAAUAGCUGAAAGAAAGCGGCGAGAGAAGCUCAGCCAGCGCUUCAUUGCUCUUUCUGCCCUUGUUCCCGGACUACAAAAGAUGGACAAAGUUACCGUUCUUGGAGAUGCUAUCAAGUACUUGAAGAAACUGCAAGAGAAGGUGAAGGCUCUUGAGGAGGAACGGAACAUGAAGAAAAACGUGGAAUAUGUGGUGGUUGUGAAGAAAUCUCAACUAACGAAUGACGUUGAGAAUUCGUCUGCAGAAUCUGGCAGUCCCUUCGACGAGGAACUGCCAGAAAUUGAAGCAAGGUUUUGCGAUAGAAAUGUACUCAUAAGAAUUCACUGUGAGAAAAGCAAAGGAGCUGCAGAAAAAUCAAUCCAUGAAAUUGAGAAACUGCACCUAAAAGUCAUCAAUAGCUGUGUCAUGGCAUUUGGGAGUUGUGCACUUGAUAUAACAGUUAUUGCUCAGAUGGAUAUAGAAUUCUGCAUGACAUUGAAGGAUCUUGUGACAAACCUACGCUCAGCUUUUGCAUCGUUCAUCUGA